AUGGCUGUCCAGCGACCAAGUCCUCAUCAGUUCCUGGAGAUGAUGUCAGGGGAAAAAAUCAAGAUCUACAUCGGCCAGGAAGAAAAGCUAUAUCUAGUACCCCGCGCGCUUAUCUGCUACUACUCCGGGUUUCUAAACACACACUUCACCAAAGAUGUCUGUAUCAGACAAGCAAGCACCUGGCACAAGGCGAAAUGGGCAAAAAACAACGCCAAGCAUCUAUACGACUGCCAACCGGAGCAAUUUGACAUGCUGCUCGAGUGCAUGAUUCAAGGUGCUAUCUCCAAGCGUUGGACAAAUAGUCGCGAGGCUAUUGAGAAGUGCAUGGCGCUCGUCGAGUACUCUGGAAAUAUUGAUAUGGGGGAUUUGGUGUGCGAAGCUGUCCUUGAACCGCUGCGUCAAGCAAUUAAGAAUCCCGCUCGACGACCUCCUCCAUCCAAUUUCAACGUUCCGCGUCGUGACAUCCCACAGCGAAGCUUUACGGAAGACGAGAUCAAGGUGGUAUUCAAUGUGACGAAGACUGGGAAUGCUCUGAGAGCUUUAGUAGCUCAAGAUGUGCUGAGUAGAGAAGGGUUGAAGGGCACAACUUUUGAGGAUGCAGAAAAUAAUGUUCCUGGGUUCGCUGCCGAGGUCUUGAAGCAGUUCAGGAAGUCUGCGAGCUUUUGGGUUUGGACUGAUCCAAUCAACGGGCUUCAGAGAACAUUUGAUGGAUAUUCUUGA